AUGAUGAUCGACUACGAGCUGUUGUUCGAGUUUGAAGAACUGCUUGCGCUGACUUCGGUCCACAAAACCGUCAUCAUUCUGGAGAACUUGGAACUCAAAGUGGACCGGCUCCGCUGCGAUGAACAGCUGCAUCAACACACCUUCAAUAAAGAGGAUCUUACCGAAGUGUUUGAAGCCUAUCUGUUUAUCGAAGAUGAGUUUGUCACGUGCCCUAAGUGUGGCCGAGGGUUGAUGGAUGAGGCUAAAUACAAGCAAUGUUGCAAGAACUACAUCUACAACAACAGUCAGAUCACCUCCCACGUGGAGACGAGCUACUGGCUUGCAUUUAUGAACAACCCCGUCACCACCAUCUCCACGUUGCCUUACUACACUCAAUUACUUUGUUUGCAACAAGGUAUUCCUAACCAAUUACGCAGCCUCGUGUGGGAGAAAUUGUUCCUUUUGGACCAUACCCAUUUACCCGAGCUGUCACGUUUGGUGUUUGAAAACUUACAGCAUUCUUACAACACCGACAUCUCCAAGCAAAUUGCCAAGGACUUGAACCGCACCUUCCCCCUGACCAAAUUCUUUAAGGAGCCAACUACCAUCAAGAACUUGGAUUUGAUUCUCAAUGUUUACGCCAACUUUGACUCUGAACUUGGCUAUUGCCAAGGCCUCUUGUUCUUGGUCGGGGUGCUUUACUAUCAUUUCAAUCUGGAUUCCCAAAUGACUUUCCACGCCCUCAUCUGCAUCAUGGAUAUUGAGCCUCAAUUGCGCAAUAUCUUCACCACCAAUACCAUGCUGGAUACCUUAUCGCGGUGGGAACGCGAGUUCACUGAUAUUGUUCGCUCCGUCGACCCUGAACUUGCCGACCAUCUCUUUAACCUCGUGGAACCGCAAGCUUUCCUUUAUCAAUGGUGGAUGUCAUUUAUGCUGAGUCACCUGCCCGACUUGCUGAUCGUCAACAGAAUCAUGGACUUUUGCAUGAUUCAAGGAUGGAAAAUCGGUUUACUCAAAAUCUCCCUCGGGUUGAUUUUAUCCAAUAAACCCAUCUUGAUGGCGGUUAGUCGUGGUGAUGAAGAAGUCAUCUACCAACACUUAUUGAAUGAACUGAAAUGGGGUAAUGUCAUCAAUAACUUGGACUUGUUCUUCGGUGACUUAUUGUUACUGUGGGACGAUGACAUGUUUGUGGCAACCCUUGAACACCCCGAUAAAGAACUGCAACGGGCCCUGACUGUUGAACUGGCGGACCUGGCUGAUCUGACUGAUACUCCCCAGGCACUGAUGAUGGAAAAAGUGUUAAGUCUGAUUGCCCCGUCGUACGCCCUGGCGCCGUCGGACCUGCCUGAACUGCUUCGUGAACGGGCCGGUCUGGAUAUCAGCGAUACCAUGACCAGCCAACUGUCAGCAUCAGUGUUCUCCAAGAACCUGGCCCAGCCUAAGAACGAAAUGGAAUCAAUCUACUCCGACUUGAGCGAGCUGAGCGAAAACUACAAACUGUUCACUGACUACCUCCGGUUGCCACUGUACGCCCUGAGAAAGCUGGCCUCGCCGAGUGAGUACGCGGGGUAUUCCACCAAUAUUGUCGCUGCUGAAAACGAAGGGCUCAAACAGCUUUUGAGAUCAGCACAACAAUUGCUCGACGACUCCAAUCCACAAGCCGCUGCGCUUAAGGAGGAGAUCGGGCGUGUUUUAGGUUGA